UUCGAGCCGAGCGGACGCGCGUUGUCGGAGUAGAAGAGAUCGAAAGAAGAAAGCAGUCGCGGCAUGAAGCAGAAUCGAGUGCUUGAAAGUUGUUCGAAUGAAAUUUAUCAAACCUAGACGCGCUAUCGCCCCCCACUUGGAUUACGGUCAACGCGAGAGCAACAACGAAAAAUAGAAAGAAAUCGAAUGAAAAUAGAAAAAAGGCGAGAAACAUAAGAAAAUUAUAUUAGAUAAAUCGCCGAGGAAAUUUCUGAUGUGUUAAUGUGAGUGCUGUGCUCUGCCCUCGGAGGCGAUUGUGCAAAGAUCUGUAUAAAAAAAAAAAAUUGAGAAAAGGCAACCAUAAAAAUCACAUACAAAAUGGGCCACAAAUAAUCGGGAACACAAAGACCAAAACACCAAAAUCCCCCCACAUAACCAGAUAAUCAACAUCCCAGGUUGAGUCACUAUCCAAGGGACCCACUACCAUCCAUCCACAUCCACACACAAUGCUGGCCACCAGCCACAUGCUCUACGUCCUCAUCGCCAGCUGCGUGAUGCCCAUCUUUGGGGCGGCGCUGAGCAAGACGGUUUUGUACCAGGCCCCGGACGAGUGCCGCUGGUCCGGCGGCGGAGAGCACGACAUCACCCUGGUCUGCCACCUCCGGACGAUCAACUCGGAGCUGGAGAACACCAACUUCAGCGUGAUCCAGCCCCACAAUACGGUGCGUUUGAGACUGGAGUGCAACGAUGCGCUGUUCUUCCAGAGCACCCUCAGUCCGGACAGCUUUCGGUCGCUGGUGGAGCUUAGGGAUCUCACCAUUGAGUACUGCAAGCUGGGCAACCUGACCGACGGCUCCUUCCGGGGUCUGCACGAGCUACGUAAUCUCACCAUCCGUACGCACAAUGGGGACUGGUCCACCAUGUCCCUGGAGAUGGCCUCCAACAGCUUCGUGGACUUUAGACAGCUGGAGAGGCUGGACCUGAGUCUGAACAACAUCUGGCUGAUACCCGACGGCAUGGUGUGCCCGCUGAAGUCGUUGCAGCACCUCAACGCCUCCUACAACAAAAUCCAAGACAUCAGCAACUUCUACUUCAGCGCCUCGCUGAGCUCUCGGAAGGCGCGGGUGUGCGGCUCGACGCUGCAAAGCCUGGACCUGAGCGCCAACAAGAUGGUCAGUCUGCCGUCGGCCAUGUUGUCGGCCCUGGGUCGGCUGACCCACUUGAACAUGGCACGCAACAGCAUGAGCUUUCUGGCUGAUCGUGCCUUUGAGGGUCUUGUCUCGCUGCGUGUUGUGGAUUUGUCCGCGAAUCGACUGACUUCGCUGCCCCCCGAGCUCUUCUCGGAGACCAAGCAGCUACAGGAGAUUCACCUGAGGAAUAAUUCGAUCAAUGUGUUGGCGCCCGGGAUCUUUGGGGAGCUGGCGGAGCUGCUUCUCCUCGAUUUGGCCAGUAACGAGCUAAACUCGCAGUGGAUCAACGCGGCCACAUUCGUGGGAUUGAAGCGGCUCAUGACGCUGGACCUGUCAGCCAACAAGAUCAGCCGCCUGGAGUCGCACAUCUUCCGGCCGUUGGCCAGCCUGCAAAUCCUAAAGCUUGAGGAGAACUAUAUCGACCAGCUGCCGGCGGGCAUCUUCGCGGACCUCACCAACCUGCACACACUUAUCCUGUCCAACAACCGCAUCUCGGUCGUCGAGCAGCGCACUCUGCAGGGCCUGAACAACCUGCUGGUGCUCUCCCUGGACUACAACCGCAUUAACCGGCUGGACCAGCGAUCGUUGAUCAACUGCAGCCAGCUCCAGGACCUGCACCUAAAUGACAACAAGCUGCAGGCGGUGCCGGAGGCCCUGUUGCAUGUGCCCCUGCUUAAGACCCUGGACGUGGGUGAGAACAUUAUCAGUCAGAUUGAGAACACGAGCAUCACCCAGUUGGAGAAUCUCUACGGCCUGCGCAUGACGGAGAACUCUCUGACGCACAUCCGACGCGGGGUCUUCGACCGGAUGAGCUCUCUGCAAAUUCUAAAUCUGUCUGGCAACAAGCUAAAGACUAUUGAGGCGGGAUCGCUGCAGAGGAACACCCAGCUACAGGCUAUACGCCUGGACGGCAACCAGCUCAAGUCCAUUGCAGGCCUCUUCACCGAGCUCCCGAACCUGGUCUGGCUGAACAUCUCGGGGAAUCGGCUGGAAAAGUUCGACUACUCGCACAUACCCAUCGGACUGCAGUGGUUGGACGUGCGGGCCAAUAGGAUCACACAGCUGGGGAACUACUUUGAGAUCGAGAGCGAGCUGAGCCUAAGCACCUUCGACGCCAGCUACAAUCUGCUGACGGAGAUCACGGCCAGCUCGAUCCCCAACAGCGUGGAAGUGCUAUAUCUGAACGACAAUCAGAUCGGCAAGAUCCAGCCCUACACGUUCUUCAAGAAGCCCAAUCUUACCCGUGUCGAUCUCGUUCGCAACAAGCUUACGACCCUGGAGCCGAAUGCACUGCGCCUUUCGCCGAUCGCCGAGGACCGCGAGAUACCCGAGUUCUACAUCGGGCACAAUGCGUAUGAGUGCGAUUGCAAUCUGGAUUGGCUGCAGAAGAUCAAUCGCGAGUCACGCACCCAGCCACAGCUCAUGGACCUCGACCAGAUCUACUGCAAGUUGUCCUAUGCGCGCGGCGCCACCCAUGUCUCCCUCAUUGAGGCCAAGUCGAACGACUUCCUAUGCAAAUACGAGUCGCACUGCUUCGCCCUGUGCCACUGCUGCGAUUUCCAGGCUUGCGACUGCAAGAUGGAGUGUCCCGACCGCUGCUCCUGCUACCACGACCAGUCGUGGACAUCGAACGUGGUCGACUGCAGUCGAGCCUCCUACGAGCACGCGCUGCCCUCGCACAUUCCGAUGGACGCCACGCAGCUUUACCUGGACGGGAACAACUUCAAGGAGCUGCAGAGCCACGCCUUCAUCGGCCGCAAGCGCCUAAAGGUUCUCCAUCUUAACCAUUCGCGGAUCGAGAUCCUUCACAAUCGCACAUUUUACGGGCUCCUGGAGCUGGAGGUGCUGCAGCUUCAGAGCAACCAGCUCAAGGUGCUCAAUGGCAACGAGUUUCAGGGCCUGGACAACCUUCAGGAGCUCUAUUUGCAGCACAACGCGAUAGCCACCAUAGACACGCUCACAUUCACGCAUCUGUACCACCUGAAGAUCCUGAGGCUGGACCACAAUGCCAUCGGCUCUUUCGCCGUGUGGAAUUUCCUGCCCAGCUACCUCAACGAGCUGCACCUGGCCGGUAAUCACUGGAGCUGCAAUUGCGAGUUCAUCGAUAAGCUGCGGGAUUACAUAAGCCGGCACGACUACGUUGCGGACCGUCCGAGGCUGCGCUGCGAGUCAGGCGGGAACAGCUCACAGCAGAUGGCCAUUUAUGCCAGCACGGAUUCCGCCCUGCCCGUCGUUCAGUGCAGCCAGACCCUGCCCCUGGGACUGGACAACAGCUACAACUUUGCGGAGCAGGCGGGCGGUGAGGGUGGAGCCCUGUCCGGCAACAUGACGUCCACGAAGAUGAUACUUAAUCAGCCGCCUAAGCAGGACUACAUCCCUAUUCUGGUGGCCAUUCUCACGGCCUUCAUCUUCAUCAUGAUCUGCACCCUGCUGGUGUUCAUCUUCCGCCAGGAAAUGCGCGUCUGGUGCCACUCACGGUUCGGGGUGCGGCUCUUCUACAACGGCCAGAAAGAUGUGGACAAAAACGAGCGCGAGAAGCUUUUCGACGCCUUCAUUUCGUACUCCUCCAAGGACGAGCUGUUCGUCAACGAGGAGCUGGCCCCGAUGCUGGAAAUGGGUGAGCACCGCUACAAACUUUGUUUGCACCAGCGGGACUUCCCUGUGGGCGGCUACUUGCCCGAAACCAUCGUUCAGGCCAUCGACAGCAGCCGGCGCACCAUCAUGGUUGUCAGUGAGAACUUCAUCAAGUCAGAGUGGUGUCGCUUCGAGUUCAAGUCCGCCCAUCAGUCGGUUCUGAGAGAUCGCCGCCGUCGCCUGAUUGUCAUUGUACUUGGGGAGGUGCCCCAAAAGGAGCUCGACCCCGAUCUGCGUCUGUAUCUGAAGACUAACACCUAUCUGCAGUGGGGCGACAAGCUCUUCUGGCAGAAGCUGCGCUUCGCACUGCCAGACGUCUCUUCCAAUGCGCCGCAGCGCUCCGUCGCCGGCCAGUCCUGCCACGUGCCCAUCAACCAUGCUUCCUACCAUCAUCACCACCAUGUGCACCAGCAGGCCCUUCCGCUGCCUAUGCCCCAUUCCGGCCAUCAUCAUCAGCAGCAGCAGCAGCAGUUUAUGCUUCCGCCUCCCCCCCAGCAGCCCGGCAGCUUUCGUCGCCAGCCCUCGAUCCAUCAGCAGCAGCAGCAACAGCAGCAGCAACAGCAGCAGGCAGCCUUGCUGAUGGGUGGAGUGCAGGUGGGUGGACCUGCCCCUGGCCCUCCGCAGAUGAUCCCCCUGGCGGGUGGUAUCCAGCAGCAGAGUCUACCGCUGCCACCAACGCAGCCCACGCCGGCUUCGCGCAAUCUGCACAUGUGAGUGGGCGACAGAUAGAAUGAGAUGAUGUACGAGUGUACAGAAACUUAGAGGUGAACGGAGAAAAACUCAAAAAUAACGGGAGAUGAAGCGAGAGUUAUAGAGAGAAUGUUGUACGUACUCAUCGGAUGAAGAAUCCCCUUAUCCCCCUUAGAGCCACAGAAAUCAUGAGAGAUACUGAUAGAUACUCCUUUGAGUUAAAAAAGUGAUUGUAGAAGUAGUAGAAUUAAAACUGGUUAAAAUUUCCUGGACUGGAGUUACACAGGUCUGAAAUGAAAUGGGAAUUGCAUUCAAUAUGCAAAUGCCAGCGUUUAGCGAUAACAGCCCAGUUACCAGCUGGAAUAGAAAAGUAAGAGAAAAUUGAGUGCGGAGAGAGCAAGAGCAGUGCAACAGCAACAGCAACAGCAACAACAACAGCAACAUGCAACAGCUAUAACAACAAAAGACAACAGUAAAAUACCAAGCGUCUCUGAGGCAGUCCGUCCCCAAGCCAAUUGUUGUUCUCUGGCCCUGCUCGGUUCUGUUCUGUUUUCUUACGGCCAGCUAUUUUCAGUUUCCUGGCUCGUAGCUAGAUUCAGAAAAUUGAUGUUGCAUGCAGCACACCAGCAAAAACUAGAACCACAACAACCAGUCAGUCAGCAGCAACAAAAGCAGCCACACAGCUACACAGCCACAUAGCCAAUACCCAAAAGUAUUUCUCUCCGUUUCUGUUUUUCCCUUAGCCUUCUCCUGCAUUUUGUUUCGUCUCCUUCAUUUUUUCUCUGUUUGCAACGCUCGCUGCUUAGUUCAUCUUAACUGCUGCAUUUUGCCAUAACAAGCUCAACGUGUGUAGAAACUAUCUAUGUAUGUGUAGUUGGAGUGGUACGAGGGUCUGUACCUGUCCGUCUCAGAGUGUGUAGUGGAGAAAAUAGGCAACGCAAAACAUCAGAGAAUUCAUGUCUGGCCAAAAGAAAUUGUAACAAAAGCAGGGCCAGGGCAGCCAGGGCAGCCAGGGCAGCCAGUUCUCUCAGACAUCAGACAUCAGACGAGGACACGGACACGGACACACAGACCAGGCCAAGACCGUCUAGAAACAGUUGUUAUUCUUCUCGUAGGUGCCCCGGCAGCUGAGUUGAAAUUGGGUUUCUUUUUGGGCUACAAUUACAUGUGCUAAUCAAUGGCAGGGACAGUGAGAGAGAGAGAGAGCGAGAGCGAGAGAGAGGAGAAAUACUACAAAUUUCAGUACGUGGGAUACAGAUAAAGAUACACAAUUGUUGAGCGAUAAGAAUCAGAAACAUGUGUGGAGAAGCGUAUUCCCUUGGAACAGAGCACUCUCCCACUCCAUCUCUCCUUAAAAGCUCUUCAGGUCACGCAAUGUCUAGAUUUGAUUAGAAAUCAAAGAACAGUUUUUUCUCCAUGCUAGUCAAAGAUUUUAAAGAAGAAGCUGUGCGCACUCUAACGUACCCGUAGUCACAAAGUUGGAUCCAAGUUAGAAUUUGCCGGAGGAAAACGCCAAUUUGCGACCUUGCUGGAAGAAGUUGUCCUCCAAUCUGUUUCCCAGAAAGAAAAAACCAGAGUGGGUGGAAAGAGAUCAGCACGUGUGCUGUCUUGGCCCCCGAAGUUGUGCUGAAGCCAACAUCAGAGAUAGGCACGAAGGAGGCAAGCAGAACCAAGCAAAGAAAACACUACAGAGCCGAAUGGAAGCGAUUAAAAUCUACCUUGUUUGCCGUUGUUUGUUACGCCUGUUUCCUGUUCACUCUCCCUAUAUCCACCUUCAACUAUCUCUGAUUCCACUCCAAUUGAAAACUGCAUUCCAUAAACCAGAAAACAGAACAGAAAACUAGUGAACACAGCAACAACACUCUCUCUAGAAGGAUUCACAUUUGGUUUAGAGUUUAAAAUCUAAAAUUGUACAUAAAUACAUAGAUAAGUUGUUUAAUCAUUGUGAUAUUUUGUUUUAGUCCUAAGCUCUAAUUUAUAUAAUGCGAAUACCAUUUUCCUACCAAUCUACAUAUAUGUAUAUGUAUGUAUGUAUAUUUAAAGGAAACUUAUCCUCAUUAGAUAGUCUAGACCAUAAGUUGAUAACCGAAAACAAAUACGAACACGAAUCUUAAUCCGAAUCCAUAUCCACCCCGCCUAAAAAAAAUACAGCCAUAUUAAUUCUAUUAAAUUGAGAAACUAUUGUACAUAUAUACAAAAUAACAAGAAAAACGGACUGUAUGAACAAAAAAAAAUUAAAUAUGCAACACGAAACGCACAAACAUAAAUCGACUGAUUACAUGUGUACCAUAUAUAAAUAUGCAUAAAUUUUAAGUUCGAUUUACUCGCCUAUUGUUGUUAAUACUUUAACUAUCCAGAAACAGACAAAUGUAUGUAUUUUAUUUAGUAAUUUUAUGUUUUCUAGUUUAUAGCUAAAAU